AUGUCCUUGAUCAUCAAUGCCUUCUACACUAACAAGGAGAUCUUUCUGCGAGAGCUGAUUUCAAACGCGUCAGAUGCGCUGGACAAGAUCCAAUUCCAGGCUUCACAAGACCCUUCGAAGUUGGAAUCCGAGCCGAACUUGUGCAUCAAAGUAACGCCUGACAAAGACACUGGAAGUGUCACUGUAGAAGACACUGGGAUUGGCAUGACCAGAGAGGAGAUGAUCCUGCACUUGGGCACUAUUGCAAAGUCUGGGACCAAAGCAUUCAUGGAGGCUGUGUCGUCUGGAGCAGACAUGUCAAUGAUUGGUCAGUUCGGGGUUGGCUUCUACAGUUCGUACUUGGUGUCUGAGAAAGUCCGCGUCGUCUCAAAAAGCAACGAUGACGAGCAAUACAUUUGGGAGUCAACCGCUGGAGGUACGUUUCUGGUUUGGAAGGACACAACCUUUGAGCACGGAGUUCUCAAGCGAGGAACCAAGGUGAUUUGCUAUCUCAAAGACGACCAGGCGGAGUUUCUGGAGAGUGAUCGCCUCAAGGAGCUCAUCAUGAAGCACUCCGCGUUUGUUGGCUUUCCAAUUGACUUGCGAAUGGAACACCGCAAGGAAGAAGAAAUUGAAGUCGAGGAGGACGGAGCACCAGAGAAGAGGAGAAAGGUGACGGUGAGCUACUCCUGGGAGCUCAUGAACAAGAACAAACCCUUGUGGCUGCGUCCUCCCGAGAGUGUAUCUCAUGAGGAAUACGCAGACCUCUACAAGUUCCUAUCUGGCGACUGGGAGGAUCAUUUGGGCGUGAAGCACGUGACCCAGGGUGGCCAGGUCGACUUCAAAGCACUUCUCUUUUGCCCAAGAAAUGCCCCAAAGGACAUGUUCGAUAUGGGGAAAAUGUCGCAGCGAUUUAGCAUUCGGCUCUAUGUUCGCAGGGUCUUCAUCAAGGAGUUCAAUGACCUGAUCCCGAAAUGGAUGGGAUUUAUCAAAGGAAUUGUCGACAGCGAUGACAUGCCUCUGAACAUUAGCAGAGAGAUGCUGCAGCAGAAUGCUAUCUUGAAGCACAUCAAGACGGGUCUUCAGAAGAACAUCUUCAGCAUGUUUCAAGAACUUUCCCAGGACAAAGAGCGAUUCAAGAGCUUCCAAGAGGCCUUCUCACAGUGCCUGAAACUGGGCGUCUACGAGGAUCAUGCCAACAGGGAGCAGAUUAUUCCACUUCUUCGAUACCACUCCUCAAAAUCCGGGGAGGAACUUGUUGGUCUUGAUGAGUACGUUGGCCGAAUGAAGCCAGGCCAGCGUCACAUCCUCUACAUCACCGGACGAACGAAGCGCGAUGCAGCCAGGUCUCCCUACAUUGAGGGCUUGAAGCGAGAUGGCUUCGAGGUGCUGUACAUGACGGACCCGGUUGAUGAAUAUGCUGUUCAAUUUCUGAAGGAGUAUCGCGGAUACGAAGUGCUGAGCUGCAUGAGCAUGGAUGCUGCUCGACUUCUAGAUCAUCGCUCUGAACAGGACCUGAAGGCUGCAGAUGAACUACCAGCUCUUGGCACAUUGGUUUCCGAGGAGGCGGCAGAUGAGGCUUUGCUCUCUUGUGGCCGAUGCGUGCGCAUUGCCCGCCCAGAUCGUGCCCGACGGGCUAUGAUUACCUUCGUGGAUGAGGAGGAAGAAGAGGAGGGAGUACCAAUCAAGUACGUGCAGUCACUGGAGGACAGUCAAGAGCAUUGCACCGUUCUUUUAGAUUGGCAAGCAGGCUUCGAGCUCUUGAGUCCAGUUGAGGACACGGUCUUCAAGUUUGGAAGUGCAGCAAAGGAGAAUGGCAAUCUGCUCUUCACGAUGAAGGAUUUUGAGGCCGCUGCAGAGUUCUACAGCUCCGGCAUCGCCAAGUUCGCGUCGCGAAAUAUCCAGCGAGGGGAUCAGGUUUUGUCUCUGGAUGCAGAGGGCCUGUGUGAGCUGUCCAAUGGUUGUGAAGUGCCAGCAGAGCACACAGCUUGCCAACACCACCAGCACAAGUUCCGAGAGCCAGAGCUUGUCAAUCGAGGUCGUCACAAAGAGGCCUCGCAGGACCUCACGGCUGUUCUGGGUUUGUGGAGUGCUGCAGACAAGCGCCUAUUGCAGGCGGACCCAGAGAUGAAGGAAGCAGAAGAAAAAGGCCUCUACACAGCCGAGUACCUGCGAAGUAGGUCGAGGUGCGUGGAGGGUCGAUCUCGCUCAAUGCGAGAUCUUGCGAUUCGGAUGCGAGGCUUGCUCGAGGUCUGGCACGUGCAGCAAGUCAGGAGGGGGGGCUUUCGACUUAUUCAUCUUGCACGGUAA